CAAACGGGUUUUUUUUUCUUCUUUUAGUUGUUUGCCUUCUUUUUAUCUUCCCUCGUCAAAUUUGUUCCUUUUGAAUCGCACACUUCAAUUGCAACUUUCUGGAAGUGCCUGCAAGUCAUUUUUGUUCUAAUAGAUAAAUCACACCGCGGCAUUCAACAGGGUUUCCAUCUGCAGGAAGAAGAAGGAGGGUCGGCGCGUCCCUGCCCUCUGCAUCCAGCUGUCCCCUCACUCCGCAGCUGCAGAGCGCCACAUUUACAAUGGCUGCAGCCGCAGGCAGGACGCUUCUGGCGCUAUUCUUUACGUUUUGCGCUCCACAAUGCGGAUGGGCAGCAGAAAAAACUGUGCGGCCUCAAAGCGGGAAGCACACAGCUGCAGACAAAGUCUUCAGGGAGAGCUGGGAGCCUUCGAUCCAUCUGGAUGGAAGACCCGUGGACCGCUUCGUCUUCAACUCCAACAAACCCAGCAGAUCCCAUCGCUUCACUAAAGUGAACAAAGAGAGCCGUCCACAUUCAGUGGAGGAUGUAGACCCAGAGUGGAUCAAUCUGGACGGAUUUGCUGUGUUGAGUCAUGCACCUGUGAACAACUCAUCAGCAGGUUUUGUCAGGACCGCAGUCAGAAGCAACUCUGCUGUAGGACGGAAGACCAGGGUGGAUAGAACCACUCAGCCUGCAGGUGCUGCCUUCACCAGGACACACAUGAGGGCGCCUCAGUCCUCCUCGGGCCCAAGACAGCCUGAGAAAGCUUUGCCAGGAACCCCGCUGUUAGAAAGAAGACGCCAGCAGCGAACCAAGCCUCAGGCUGACCAGAGAAACCGACAAGCACAAAAACUCACAUCUGAGUCCGUUCAUGUGGUGUCACUGCAGGCACAGAAGGCCCUUGGGCAGAGUCUACCCAACAAUGGAGCAGCUACAGCCAAAACUUCCCCACCAGAGCCUCCUGAAUAUGAGGCCCAGGACAUCAGUGUCAGGGUCAUGUCUGCAAAGUCAGUCCUCAUCUCCUGGGUUGACCCUGCCGUUGAAAUGAGAAAAGUUGACCCCGGGGCAUCCAGAUCAUACACAGUCAGGUUCAGGGAGAAGGGGGAAUCAGCACGCUGGGAGUACAAGGAAAGCAACCAGAGAAGAAUAAUGAUCGACACCCUGUCCGCUGACGGCAUGUACGAGUUCUCUGUCAGAAUCUCUCAAGGAGAAAAACAGGGCAAAUGGAGCGUUUCAGUAUUUCAGCGGACUCCUGAAUCGGCACCAUCUGGGCCACCUGAAAAUUUUGAAGUCAAGCCACUAAGAGGAAAAGGAACUGCUGUGAUUUCAACUUGGGAUCCUCCAGAAGAACCAAAUGGAAGGAUAAGAGAGUAUAUUUUGUCCUAUGCCCCUGCUAUUAAACCAUUCGGGAUGAAAACCAUAACAUAUCGGGAGGGCACCACCAAAGCCACCAUUGAUGGCCUAACACCAGGAGAGCGUUAUAUUUUCAAGAUCAGAGCCACCAACAGGAGAGGAAUGGGACCACAGAGCAAGGCCUUCAGUGUUGCCAUGCCACGGUCCAGCGGUACUGCCUCUUCGCUUUCAAAACCAAAGGACACUCAGACAACUAGUAAAACUAUAAUCGAACAGGAUAUUAAUAAAAAAUCCGACCUCGAGCCCACAGAGGUGCCCGAGGGUCCAAUUACAACCCCAAAGCCACACAAUACCAACAGACGUCUACGUCCACUUUCCCAGACACGCUCUUAUCACAGUAUCUUCUCCUCUAUCAGGGGUUCAGUCAGGAAUACAGCAAACAGAGGCUCAGCAAGAGGAGCAGAGAGAGAACAUGAAGAACAAGUAGAUGACAAAAAACCCACAACACCAUCUCCUGUAGCAGAAACAACUACAGCUGUGCCAGAGAUAAAAGAGCUGGACAACAAUGUCUCCCCUCUAUCUGAGGAGGAAGUUGAUUACAAUGUUGAGCCCCUCACUACAGAAACACCCAGCCUGAAGGUUUUGACACCGUCCCCAACCAAAUCUGCAUUUAAGCGUCCUUAUCGACCAAAUAGAAGGCCAAUCAAGAUCAGGGUCCACCAAAAAACUGGAUCUAAAAGUACUUCUUCUGUGUCGUCCUCUGAUUCAUCUUCUUCAUCUUCAUCAUCUUCAACUUCAUCCUCAUCAUCCUCUGCAACAUCCCCAGUUUCCUCCACUUCUGAAAACUCAUUUUCUUCUUCCUCCAGAUCAUCAUUGUCACACACUUCAUUAUUGCCUUCCUCACAUAUUCCAGAAUCAGAACCAAGUAAAAAGGACAACAUUGAGUCAACAAACCAUGAGACCGCAAAAAUACAUCAAAAACCCAACCUAACUUCAACUAGAAACAGUUUAACACAUGGCAAGCCCUUGAUCGUUGUCAAUUCACAGGAGACAGAGUCUACACUGACAGAUACUAGCUCUUCCGUGGCAGAGCGCAGCAGUAACACUGGCUCUCGUUUUGGUUCAAGAUAUGGUUAUGGACGACGACAGCCCGGAUCUUUCUUUCGAGGGAAUUCAACUCGAUUGCUAAAUGGCAAUAAACCAGUUGUGACCACUCAGUUUCAUCUUCCAAGCCGAAGUAAUAAUCAGGUGAUAUCAAAUACAGGUAGUUCAGAUAAAACCCAGUCUACAUUAACAGAAAGAAGUCAGAACCAUGAAACCUCAAAUCCUUCUGAUCCAAAAUCAUCCAAGUCAACUUCAAGAAGCACACUGGAAAGUCAAACAACAUCAGACUCAUCAGUUUUUGAUAAAUCACAGCCCGCAUCAGAGUCAAGGUCUCAUGGCUCUAAACUUUCACAAAACAGUCAAGCAUCCACAUCACAUAGUAGUCCAAUCCACAAUUUGAAUACAGAUAUAUCAGGUUCUUCUCAAUCAGUAUCACAAAGACAUAGUUCUUCAACUUCACAAAACAACAAAAACUCACGGGGUUCAGACACAUCAUCUAAUCGAGACAUUUCUCUCAGCAAGAGAACUGAAAACACUGAUUACAAUAAUAAAGAUGAUAUAGAAAGUAAAGCUGAGGGGUCAACUUUAAACUCCAGAGCUCAAACGACACAAGACAGUAGGGAAGAAGACAGACAAGAUGAAAGUAGUAAUAAAAAAACUGUGGGUCCUCGUACAAGAAUUAGCUCUUCCUUUGCUGAAAGAUUUCCUUGGCUAGCAAGUCACUAUCCAGGCAGAUUUACCUCGAGUUCAAGGACUUCAUAUCCCAGACAGGAUGCCAGGACUCCUUUAACAAGGGUAUCAUCUUCUGUUGGUGCUGAGAGACCACUCUUAAGAAAGACACCAACUAGGGUGUCUGGGGAAGCUGGAGAUUCAAGAGUUCCUUUAAAGCAAGAGACCACUGAAGAUCUGAAGGUCACAUCCAGACCUGAUUCAAUGAAAAAUAGUGUUGUACUGAACUCUGGGAAGUCUUCUUUGCCGAAUCAACAUGCCAUAACUGGUGACACCAGAAAUCCAACAACAGUUUCUUCCUCUGAAACAUUAAUGUCUUCAAAUUCUGGCUCCCUUUCGCUUGAGAAAUCAAGUGUAUUGAGAGACUUCAGUGAGGUCACCCAUAAAGAAAUAUCUAAGAGUGGAGAUAAUAUGAGGGAAAAUGUUGAUACACUGAGUACAGAGAGGAAAGGGAAACUUACAGAUCUAACAUCUGUCCAGACAAAUCCUGCUUCACCAUCUGUCCAUAGACAUGAAGAAAACAAUGAGAGCGUGGCUACAAAAGAAACUUUGUCCAGGGCAAGGGCCGGAACUUCUACUGGAAUAAGUCCAAGUAUUCGUCGUCCUGGCAUAGGAACGAAUGGAAGGGUACGGUCUUCUCUGUUAGCCAACAGGCAGCUUGCUGGAUCAAGGCUUUCUGUCAGACCACAGCUAGUGCAGAACUCUCGGCUUGGCGGGUCAACACCCGACUCAUCUUCAACUUCUUCCUUAAACAUGCCCAAACCUGUCCUUACCUCUGCCAGUGACGCUGAUCAUGAUGCUACUGUGAAAGAUACAGAAGUAACUGGUGGAAACACACAUUCCGGAUCGUCUUUACCUUCAUCCAGAAACACCUUUAGGAAUCAAGGGAGUAGGACUCGCUAUCCCAUAGUUAGAGGGAGCCCAAACAAUGGAGGACGAUUCAAGCCAGGCAAUGGAAAUGGUAGAAAUGGAAAGCCCAAUCUGACAGCAAUGAAUGGAAAAGACACCACUUCCUCUCAUGGAAGCAAUAAGGCUGUUGGACAAAAGUUCAUCACUGGGCCUGAUGGAACCAGAUGGGUGGUUGACUUGGAGAAAGGUGUUCUUAUGAACCAAGAUGGGCAGGUUCUUCAGGACUCACAAGGCAAAGCCAAGAGAGUUGUCCUUGGAGAAGAUGGACGCACCAUUUUUGACCAUAUGGGUAGCCCCCUCGUAAGCCAGGAAGGUAUUGCUUUGUUCGGACAUGGGAGAGACAGCCAGCCUGUGGUCAACCCCAAAGACAAGGUCCUCAUGAUUGGAGGAAAACCUGUUCUUGGAUUGGAUGUGCUUCCUCCCAAAACUUCAACCACCACCACUACUUUGGCUCCCACUACCACAUUAGAACCAACCACAGAUUGGACCACUGAGGAUUUUAGCACUGCAUUGCCCUACCCAACCUGUCCACCAGGAACUUUCUCCAAAACAGAUGAAUUUGGAUAUCCAAUUCUUGAUCCAGAAGGAAUUUUGGACUGCUAUCCUGAAGAGGAAUCCUCAGGGAUGGAAAUGGAUCCUAUGCUUACAGUGGCCAUGAUGCCUGAUGCUUUAAAUCUUGACAAAGAUGAACUGUUGGUGCAAACCACCUUACCACCAACUACUACCACAAUUGCUACAACUACUACCACUACUACAGUGAUCCCAACUACAGAGCCACAAGUGAGGGUGUCCAACAGAGGUCCUGUAUCGGAGUUUGAUCUCAGCGGAAAGAAGCGCUUCACAGCUCCUUUUGUGAACUACAUCCAGAAGGACCCAGGUGCACCUUGCUCUUUAACGGAGGCUCUGGAGUACCUUCAAGUAGAUGUCCUGGAAAACUUGAUGGAGAAGGACCGCAUGGCAGUCAAUCAGAACCAGCCUCCAAAACACAAACCUCAAAACUUCACCGUGGUUGCCAUGGAAGGUUGUCACUCUUUUAUCAUCCUGGACUGGGACAAACCUCUGAAGGAUGAUAUGGUGUCAGGUUAUAUGGUCCACAGUGCUUCUUAUGACGACGUCCUCAACAACAGGUGGUCGUCCAAAAUCUCCAAUGGGACCCACCUGCCUGUGGAAAAUCUCAAGCCCAACUCCAGGUACUACUUCAAAGUGCAGGCCAAGAAUGUGUUUGGUUUGGGACCAUUCAGCGAGACAUUAACCUAUGUCACUGAAUCAGAUGAUCCUCUUCUCAUUGACAGACCACCUGGUGGAGAACCAAUCUGGAUUCCUUUUACCUUCAAGUAUAACCCAGUCCACAGCAGCUGUAAGGGCAGUCAGUAUGUCAAGCGGACGUGGUACAGAAAGUUUGUGGGUGUCGUUCUGUGUAACUCUCUACGCUACAAGAUCUUUAUGGGAGACGGCCUGAGAGAGCCUUUUUACAGUAUAGGAGAUACAUUGGGCCAAGGUGAAGACCACUGCCAGUUUGUGGACUCCCACAAGGACGGAAGAACGGGGCCAGCCUACCUCUCAGAAACUCUGCCUACAGCACAAGGAUAUUACCGUGCCUACAGACAGGAGCCAGUUACGUUUGGAGUCAUUGGCCGGCGUACAUCACAUCCAUUUGUGGGCUGGUAUGAAUGUGGGGUUCCCAUCCCUGGAAAGUGGUAACUCUGCUUGAAGAGGAGACAUUUUCCAUGAAGUUGAACAGCUCGGCAUCCUGCUACAGGCUCUCACCUGCUGGUUUUGUUCAUUAAAAACAGACUUUUACCAACAAGCACAAAAACACCACUAUAUUGUAAUAUUGCUUCAAAUAACAAAUACAAAUAUGUACUUUUAACUGCUAGGUAUAUUCCAUUACAAUGCACUUUUUAAUAUAAAACAGUCUGUAUAUGAGAGAAAAGAAGUUUGGUCUUGCUUAGCAUACUUGGUAUUACAAGUGUUCCUCUACUAUUAACAGAGACAGGUCCUUACCCAGUGUUAUUUAUCUCAUUGAUAACAAACCCACAUGUGGUAAAUCCGGUGACACUGGACCAAAACAGAAACUGCAAGAUAAACUGUACAAACAAGCACUAGAGAUGUGUAUAGGUCUGUUUAUUUUCUAUCUAUGGGAUUUGUAUUACGUAUUGUUAUGACUUUGUUUUAACUAUUUGUGUUCUACACCCAUCAUAUUGUUUUUAAUACCCCAUUUGUAUCGCUUUGAAAAUUUAAAUAUUACAAUGUAAGUUUUAUAUGUAUACGGACAAAGAAUAAAAGAUUAAUUAUGUGCUCAGGAAAUGUCAGACGUUGAAUAAAGGUGCUAUGACAAACAACUGCAAUCCAAAAACAACAGUUAUAUUAUGCUUCCUCUGCUACCAAAUUUUGAAACAUUACGUACUUUUACUUUCACAAUGCUUUUGAACAUGUGGGAAAGACAGGCAGUGCAGAAAAUCAAGUUAAAAUUAAAUUCAAUGCAGAGAUUAUUUCCUCUUAGGGGUGCACGGAUUGCAGUUUUCUGGCCAAUUGCCGAUCUUCAAAAGGCCUGACCUGAAAAUUUCGAUUUUCAUGGUUUUGUCUGAAAUGUUGCUAAAUAUGGCAAGAAACUUGAUCAGUUUGUAACAGUGGGUUGACUAUUGUUAACUGCAGACAUGCAGGCCUGACCUGAUAAGUGGAUUUGUCAGACAGAGCAAAAGAGGACACUGACUGGCUUUUAGACCUUUGUCGAGGAUUGGCUAAAUCAAUUCCACAUGUCUUGCUAUGAAUCUGAAGAGUCCUCUGACUGAAGACUGCUGAUUUUACCCAACGGUUUUAAAGUAAUGGGUCAUAAACAGCCGGCAGCUUAACUUCAUGGCGUGCUGAGGAGGUAGCUCAAUAAGGGAAACAAUGCCUCACACGUCACUUCUGCGGACGUUCAAACAUGAAAAAGAGCAUCAUCAGAAAAUGCUGCACAUUAAAAAGGCUGUGGGCAUAAUGUUGGCUGGA